UCUGUUUUUACAAAGUGUCAAUAUGAGGGCGAGGAAAGAGUCCUCAACCACUCGCAUUCUUCAACUUCUGCUGUUGCUGUUUCUUUCAGAUUCAUACAAGUCUCAUUGCCAUUGCCACCCAUUUCAUAGUGCUGAAGGUAAUGCAGCAAGGACAGAAGGCUCAAUUUCUCCAGACACUUCACCAGGUGUCGAGCCAGAACCCUUUCUUCCCCUUUUGGCUUCUUCACCUUUGAUGCCAUUCCGAAAUUAUAGUAGUGUUCCAACAUUAUCAGGACAAUGUAGACUAAACUUUUCAUCUACUCAAACUGCGAUGAGCAAAACCGCGACCGAUUGCUAUUCUUUCCUUGCUCCAUUUUUGGACAAUGCAAUAUGUUGUCCUCAAUUUCUUGCCACCCUGAUAAUUCUUAUUGGACAAUCAAGCAAAUACUCAGGGUUGCUUGCUUUAGACGAGACACAAGCAAUGACCUGUCUAUCAGAUGUUGAGAAUACCCUUCAGAGUCAAGGUACCGAUACGGAUCUCGGAAACUUUUGUUCAAUUCAUCCAGCGAACCUGACUGAAGGCUCUUGCCCUAUUACCCAUGUAAAUGAGUUUGAAAGCAUUGUUGACUCUGCAAGACUUUUGGCUGCCUGUAGAAAGAUUGAUCCGGUUAGUGAGUGUUGUGAACAUGUUUGUGAAAAUGCCAUAUUAGAUGCCGCUAGAAAAAUUGCAUUGAAGGGUUCAUCGGCUUCUGACGGACGGCGUGACUUGGAGAAGCUCUCAACUAGAAUUGCAGAUUGUAAGAAUAUUGUUCUCCGUUGGCUGGCCGGGAAACUUGACCCCUCUUCUACUAAUGGUGUUCUUAGAGCGCUUAUUAGUUGUGACAUUAAUAAAGUCUGUCCUCUGGAUCUUCCUCAAGUCACAGGUGUUUCAAAAGAAUGUGGAGAUCAUGUGAUAAGCAACAACACUUCUUGCUGUAUUUCCAUGGGGUUUUACAUGUCCUCCUUGCAAGAUCUGAGCCUUCUAACCAAUUUGCAAGCUGUGAACUGUGCCAUAUCAUUAGGCAAGAAGUUACAGAAAGCUAAUGUCACCCAGAAUGUGUACAAUCUUUGCCAUAUAAAACUCAUGGACUUCACUCUCCAAGUUGAAUCUCAAGAGUACUCUGGUUGCCUUUUGCCAAGCUUGCCUUCGGAUGCAACCUAUGACAAUUCUUCUGGACUCGGUAUCACUUGCGAUCUUAGUGACAAUGUUGAAGCUCCUUGGCCCUUUAAUUCUUCUUCUCCAUCGGCUUCUUCCUGCCAUGAGAGUACCAAAAUCCCAGCACUCCCCUCGACUACAUCUGCACAGGAUGGUAUGGACUUCAAUUUGCUUUAA